AUGAACAAACCGGAAAAACUCUGCAUUGGAACCUGGACCUGGAUUGAAGCAAAGCUGCGAACUGGAACAAGACUCUGGAUUAGAACAAGCACUCUUGCAACCAUGGAUACUCUUAAUGCAGCCGGAGCUUGUCGAUGGACAUUCAACAUCUUAAACAGCUAUCCUCAAACACACCAAAUCGCAAACAAAAAAAAUCGUGAUUCUCUUUAG